AUUUUCAGAUUAUUCUUGAAAGGAAUGGCAACUAAAAGUCUAGACACUGAUCGUGGAACUGCGGCAUUUCCACAUUUUAGUCCAAAAUACAAAUGCUGCUGUGAUACUAUACAUGUUAAGCAAGGAACAUUGAUGAUUUCCGUUGUUACUGCUAUUAUCAAAGUGGUGGAACUUCUGCAUGCAGUGAUUUCUUUUUCUGAAGAACAUCUUCUGUUAUCAAGUUUUUACAUUGUGCAUGUGUUAACGGAGAUCAUCUGCGUCGUGUUGCUUUUCGUUGCAGUUCUGAAGGACAGAAAGCGUUUUCUUUUACCUUUCCUCUUCAUACAGGUUUUCAGCGUGCUAGUCUAUCUUGUAGUUGCCCUGCUUUGCACAUGGACCGCAGUCGACACCGAUAAUUUUACUGGAAACUUUUUCAAGAAAGAGUUCAUGAGCCCAGAGGAAAUUGAGAUAGAAAAAACGCAUCCAGAAAUGGCAGGAACAACGCUUGUUCGGCUGUGGGCCAUCUAUGCAGCAACAGUGUUUAUUCUGCUUCUGUGCCUGACUUUGUGGUUUCUAUUCGUUGUGUACAGGUGUUAUCAAUACUACACUGACAUGGAAAAACAUCGGGAACCAUUUGACACGGCAGUCUCGUAUAACGCCCAGCAAGGAACUCUUGUUCAAUGAAUGAAACUGCAUGUAUAUAAGCCUUCCAUAGGCUAAUAAUAACAAUAUUCCUGACAGACAUAAUUUAUCACCAAGUGAUAAUUAGUUUUAAUUCUAGUGAAAACUAUAUUUGUUACUUUCUCUCACUUGAAUUACUGGUAUUGUUUUGAUGUUUCUGUGCUGCACUGCUUUUCACUUUUGUCGUUCUGUCGAUCUCUUGAGAAUUCUGUACCAAUAGAUUAAUAAAAGCAAAUAUGAGUAGUUUGCAAUUUCUAGCAAACUGUUUAUUGC